UUAUAUACAAUAAUAAGUUGUUCCGUUAUGACAAACAAAAACACGACAAAUUAACCGGAACAUAUGAGACAACAGCGGUAAUUACAGCCGGCUUUCAUUUUGCAAAACAGUUUGGCAGCACUGUUUUAGAUUUUUUUACAUAACAAAGAAGACACCAAUCCGGAAUAUUGCAUUUUUCGCAUAAAACACAUAAAAUAUGGCCACAGCAACAAAUUGCAGCAUUUGCGAUAAAGUCGGCCUUAAACCGUUCACAAAGGAGAAUAUUUUCAACUAUUAUAUACCGUUGCACGGUCUGGUCAGCUAUGGAGCUUUAUCCGUGAAUGUGAUGAAUCCUCAGAUAGUGCCCAAAAUUAUACCCAAAAAGGAUCUAACAAAUGUUUUUCUCAUCUCUGCUGUGGUCGGCACAGCCUUUUAUAUUUAUGGACGUCCUCAUUUAAAGAAUGUGGAGCAAAAGAAACGUGGAGCCUACGCCUUACUCGGAGGUACACUGUUCAGCAUGGGCUCAGUUUUGGGUUGGGCUCUCAUCAAAUCUGCCCUGCCCAAGGAUAAUGCAUUGUUGGCCACAGUAGCUGGUAUAGCAACAGGAGCAGCCGUAGUCAAAUUGGGUACCGAUUAUAUUCAGGAUAUUGACAAGCUGCAAACAAAGUGAAGCUUACAUGGCAAGUGAGAUAUGUAGUUAGCCUGUGGCUAGUGUGAUGAUGUGUAAAAUGCAACAAAAUUUUUGAAUAAAAUUAUUUAGUCCCAACACUGUGAAAAA